CGCUAUCAAGUCGAUUUGGAUUGUCGUGAUGCUGACCACAACGAGAGCUCGCGCCACCCUAGCUUCCGCAAUACUGGUCCAUUGGGCCCGUGGCCAUGGCCGUUGUGCAAUUGGCCUGCCAGCCCUAUCCUCUCCAUGGCCCCCGACGAGGAAUCCUGUCCUUGGGGCGGCCAUGUCACUCGACACCGCUGUCCUGUGCUUGUGCUUGUGCCUGUGCUUGUGGCCACGAUACUCUACAUACAUGCAUGCUGUCUGUAUACUACCCACUAACGGCUCUCCAGCCUCCGCCGACGGCCUGCUGUUGCUGCUGCUGCUGCUGCUGCCGCCGCUCGGCAAUCUCUAGAAGGGGGACAUGUGGCAGAUGAGGCCAUCUCGCCAUAAUUCCAGUGCAUGUUUGAGGCUACUGCAGGUCCACCAUUCGGGAUGCUGAAUUUCCUAACAAAUUCAGCCACUCAUCCACAGCCGUCAUAGCCACUGGGCCAGCAAUACGCAAUUGAGAGGAAGGGCCGUCAAGACAAUAGGGACCCCUGUACUUGGUGCCAUCGUGGCCAGCACCC